AUAUAGUUUUUCAAUCGAUUAAUGUCGUUUCAGUACGCAGUGCACAGCUGAUCAGUGGUCCCAACGGACGGUCGCCGCUUGUUCGUGUCUUAAAAUCUUCGAAAACGACUGAAAAGUUACUAUUAUCCGCGUGUCUGUACAGUGACAAUUGAAAUUUCACUUUUAAAUACGUGAAUAAAAUUGCGGCAUUUACAAAGUGUUUUUAUCAAGUGUUCGAAGUGAACGAUUACUGGUUUCUCGUUCGUUGGACAUUUCCAAUGGUUGCCGUCCGGGCGGAAACGAUUCGUUCGGCAGUGUGACAUUUGUCAGAGCAGAGAUAUUGGAACAAUUACGAACAAUCGGAAAACGGGAGUAAAGGAUAUAUAAAAAAGAAACAUGGAAAAAUUAUUCCAAAUGCGUGAAAAUACUCGUGGAAUUUGCUUUUCCCUGCAUUGCCAGGAGUAGACGAAAACAGCCACGCUGUGUCUCCUGGGAUGAUCGAAAAGAUCGAUUGAGAAUCCUAAAUUUUUCGAUGCAACGAUGCGGACAGACAAGCGCAUGCGUGCACGCGUGGGAGCGUGGCACGCGCAGUGCCGGCUAAUUAUGUGGCACUCCUACGUGCCACGCGGCACAGGUGUCCACCGUUUCUUUACUCGCUGCCAAUUCCGUAACGUAACGGGUGUCUCUCGGAGUUAUCGACUCGUGUUAAUCCUAUUGAGACGCGAGGCAAGUUUUUCCUUGAAGCAUCACUAUAGAAUUUUCUUAGAAUUUUAUUAUUUUUAUUUAAUCUCGUUUAAAAUCGACAACGAAUCGAGGCGGAUAUACACCAUACAAAUACAAAUUAGAAGUAUCGAUGAAGAAGAAUGAUCGGUAAUCGACAAUGCGACACUAGCGAAAGGGCAAGAUUUUCCUAUUGACACAUCUGGUAUGCAAACACGAAUUGCUAUAGACGAAUUCAUCCCGUUGAAAAAUGGGUCGAACAGUAAUGGAUUUUUAAAUAAUGAAUAAUGGCGCAUCGUGGAAAGCGCAAAUGCUCUCGUUCCCUUUUUCCCUUUUCCUGCGAGAGAGAGAGAGAGAGCGAUCGUGGGCGAGAAACGAUUGCAAGUAAAAAUUAAAGAAAGAAAACGGUGGAAGCGUUGGAGAAACGAAGGAUCGCAUCCGAUCAAAGAAAAUCUCCGAACUUAACGAGUCCCACGUACACGGAUCGAAGUUUGGUGUGGCCUUCGCUAUAAUUAAGAGGAUUCAACGCACGAUCAUGCGUAAUAUUUCAUCGCGUCUCCAACAAGUGAGGCGAUUUGCCCCGGCAGGUUCCACGGUCUUUACCUUUUCAUUUUCUCACGAUUUUGUCUCCAUUAAUCGCAUCCCCGUCCACUCAUCCGUGGUUUGAAUAAUUUGAAACACUUUCGCGCACUGACACGAAAUUGCAAGAAACGUCGUAUUUGGAGGCCAUCCAAAUCGUUUAUCCACUAAACUACAAAAUUUCGACGAUCUCGCCGGAUUCCACCUUCUCUCGGUCUCGUUUGUCUACAACGCGUACCGUGCUCGUUGGAAAAAUCAUCGAUCAACAAUUUACCGACACAUCGUUCUCAUUUUCAUUUUAUUUCGCGAAUUUGUCUCGAUCUGCCGCGCGAUCGACGCACCCCAGUGUGACGAUGGUAGGCCUUGCCAGGAGGAUGGGGGCCCACGAUGGGGGAGUGCCAUUGCUCUAACAUCGCUAUCAUGCAGCUGUUCCAUGAGCUGAAGCAGCAGUUCCCUGCGCUCCCUGAUCACGUCGUUUCCCAGUGCAUCGCCCAGAACAGCCACGAUCGGGAGACAUGCGCGAGAAGUCUUCGUGCCACCCAAGAGUCACGACAGUCUCCGGGUGCAUUCCCACCGGCUGUACUUUGCGGCAUCCUCCAGCAGCAGCAACAACAACGAGCGAACCACGUGGCUGCGCAGCAGCAACGUUGCUGCUCGAUGAAUCAAGCGCAGCGCGGUUGCGCCACGAGCAACCCCCCCACCACCACCGCCAACAACAGCACGCGGCCGCACAGGCCGGCAUCACUGGACAUCGGUAUGGCGCGACGUUGCCCUGUCGCCUGUACGCGAGCAGCUGCCGUAUCUGCCUCCUCGCCGAUCGCGGCUAACUCGUCCACCGCCCCUUCCUCGGCGCCUGCCGUCUGUACGACGCGCGGUUUCUUCGACGAUUGCACAGGAGCCAGCGACUCGAAUUGCCUUAACAAAGUCCAGAACGCGGGAAACGAGCCAGCCGGAUUCGAGCUGAACGUGAACGUUGCCUGUAGCCCUGCUGGCAAUCGCGACUUUCGAACGGUGCCUACGAUUGGUGGUGCCUGUAAACGAAGUGAUCUGCUCCUCGAUCCACGGACUUAUUAUGCCGAGCCAUUACUGAACGUGGUAAACACGGGGCCGCAGAUCGAUCACACGCGAAGCUACACCUCGGUUAGUCUGACGCUGAGGCCCCCAUCCUCGGAACCUCAACCACCGAUCGACAUCAGAUCACAGGGCUCGAGUCUCACUUACUCGAGCUCUUCUCUAGAUCCUCGGGGCUUUCAAAGUCGUCUUCAGAUCAGCAUCGGGGCGGGAGCCGUUGGCACUGUGGCGGCCGCGAGAAUCAGGCCUCCGAUGGGCCCCAACAGGCCCAACAGUUUGAUACCGCCGGCACAGACCGGUCCUCAAAGACCACCAGGUCUUCCAGCAGGCCCACCUAGUCAGUUGCCGAGGCCUACGACGACAAUGAGCGCCCCAACUACACCUUCCGUACCAUCGACAACGAACAUCGUCCCUUCCAUUAGCCUUCCAACGACUCCGUCAGGACCGACGACGACCUCGCCGCCCUCCAGUCCCAUUGGUGAACGCGUAUCGGCCAAUUCUGAUCAAAAUCGAUCGCCGUUGAAUCAAGUGGCGGAGCAUCAAAAGAAAUUGGUCGCAGAACAGUUAGAAAGAAAAGAAAGACUCGCCAGGGAAUUGAGAGCCGAGAAAGGACGACUCGAAGCGAUGAAGAAAGAAUUGCAAUCUCUCACGAGGCCUCUUGAUUCUUCUAUGCCUCCUCAAGAAUUAAAAAAAAAAUUACGAAGCGAGAUCUAUCAGUUACAAGUUGAAUGCGAUAGACUCGCGGAUGAAGUAGAUCAGUGGUCGGAUCCAAGAGUACCUUUGGGUGAAACGAAUGAAAAGUUUUAUCAGCAUAUUUAUACUGGUCAGCCUUUACCAUCGAGUUCUGUCAGUUCCAAUCCACCUCCUUUGCCAAGUCAACCACCCGCCUGGCAACCGGAACUAAGUGAUAACAAUACUGACAGAGAAGAACGAGAUGGACCUUCUUGGGUCUGUAGAAUGUGCACGUUUGAUAAUCAUCCGUUAAUGAAUAAAUGCGAGCAAUGCGAUAUGCCACGGUUGAUGGAUCACGGAAACACAGGCGAAACUCAAGAUAUCCAUAUACGAGUUACACAUCAUCAUAACUUUUCCCCAAGUCGGACAGUGCAUAGUUGGGUGGUAUAACGUAAAUUACAUUGGAAACAUAAAAACUGUAAAUACAAUCACUAUUUAAAUUAAAUAAAAAGUUGCAGCCAA